AUGUUACAUACAUCACUGCCAUGGAAUGUAGUCAAUUCACUUGAAUGCUACACGGGUUUUUCAAUUAUUCGUGGUCAAACAGUUGGUACAAGCAAAAAAGUUUGCAGUAAGGAAUCCGAUUCUUGCUACCGUGCCAUGGUCGAUGUCAAUUUAUUAAGUACAGUUAAAAAGGCCGGAUGCUCCACUAUACGCUGUUAUCUUAAUAGAAACAGUUGCAUCGAGCAGGACUUAUUCGGUAGCAAAGCAAUGUUUUGUUGCUGCGAUGAUCGAGAUUUGUGCAACUCUGCUUCAACAUCAUUUGCAAUUAUUGUUUCUGUUAUAGCACCGCUCUACUUCAUUUUGUGA